AUGCCUACGACAACGUCGGACGAAGAAGCCAACAAAGUCGAGAGCCCAGACGUCCGCAGCCUCGCGAGGAGGUCUCUCUCUAGCGUGAGAGAGGCAGUCGAUCCGCGUCUUUCUCCGGCCGACAGACCUGCCGACGCUACGCUAGAUGAAGGUUACCUUCGCCAGCUGCACGAUCACCGGCACAGCGAGAAGCACAUUGCAAGCGGCGAGAAGGAGAAGACUGACGAAGAAUACGAAGACUCUUUGGAUGAAAUCAUAUAUGUCGAUUUCGAAGAAGGCGACCCACGAGACCCCGCGAACUUCACGUAUGCCCGAAAAUGGGCUAUUACUGUGACGGCUUCGUUCUUCUCCAUCAUCACCGCUUCGUCUUCCGGGGCGUACGCUCUUGGCUUCCCAUCCAUGGACCGUGACUUGGAUGCGACCCGCUUCCAGGCAACUGUUGGGCUGUCUACGUACACCCUUGGUUUCGCCGUCCUUCCGCUCGUUACGACAUCCUUCAGCGAAGAAUUUGGUAGGCAGCCAUUGUACGUGGUUAGCGCCAUCGGAUGUCUGCUCAUGCAUCUGAUGGCAGCACUGGCUCAAAACAUCCAGACGGUUAUUGUGGCGCGCUUUCUAGCAGGGGCGUUCGGUUCAACCUCCUCAGCAAUGGUUGGGGGCUCUAUCGCCGACAUUUGGGCUCCUCAUGAACGCGGACUCCCUAUGUCCAUAUUCGCAGUCAUGGUGCUCUCAGGCCCCGGGAUCGGAUGUAUCGCCGCUGGCUGGAUCGAGCAAAACCCUCAUCUGGAAUGGCGCUGGAUACAAUGGCUUCACGUUAUAUGGUUGGGCGUCCUUAUCGUUGCGAUGCCCGUUUUCAUGAAGGAAACCCGGUCUGCGGUCUUGCUGACGCGGCUUGCAAAGAAGCUGCGCAAGGAGACCGGACACCCGCACUACCGUGCCCAUGUGGAGGACGAGCGCGCCAGCUUGCGGACGCUGAUUUACAUCUCCUGCACUCGUCCGAUCUACCUCUUGUUCACAGAACCUGUGGUAGCGUCCUUCAGUCUUUGGGUUGGAUUUGCAUGGGGCAUCCUCUAUGUGCUCAUUGAGUCCAUUGGUCCGGCAUUCCAACGCAUCCACCACUUCAACACGGGGCAGACGGGAACGGUGUUCGUAGCUAUGAUUGUCGGGUGUUUCGCCGGAGAGGCUAUCCAGCUAUACCAAGAGAAGCUAUAUGCAAAAUACUACCCCACGAAAGGUCCGGAAGCACGCCUCUUCAGCUCAAUGCUGGCCGCAUUACUAUUCCCCGCGGGAAUGUUUAUCUAUGCGUGGACGACGUUUCCCUCGGUCCCAUGGAUCGGCAUGGUGAUGGGAAUCUUUGUGAUCAUGAUGUCCUUGUUCAUUAUUUACCUCGCUGUGUUCACAUACCUUGCGGAUUGUUACGGCAUUUUCGCUUCCUCCGCAUUGGCCGGGCAGAGCUUGUCACGUAACAUCAUGGGGACGAUAUUCCCUCUGUUCACCCAGCAGCUGUAUGACCGCCUGACGUACCACUGGGGCACCUCGCUUUUCGGUCUCAUCGCGGCGGUGAUGAUCCCCAUCCCCUUCGUUCUGUAUUGGAAAGGUUCGACCAUCCGUGCACAUAGCAGGUUUGCAUCACAGGUGAUCCACAAAUGA